AUGACACAGCAUCCCUCCCUCACCACCGCCACAUCACCACCAGCCUGCAGCACUCCCCCCGGCCACCCAAAACCCCAGCACCAACCAGCCCGACCAAAAUCGCACGAAGCGACACAAACCAUCCACAUCCGCACCACCGCCUCCCCCACCCACGCCGGCCCCAUCGCCCACCUCGGCGCCCAAGUCUUCACCGCCACCUUCGGCCACUCCGUCACCCCCGCCGAGCUCUCCGCCUACCUCGACUCCGCCUACACCAUCCCCCACAUCGCCGCCGACCUCGCCCACCCGGACAAAACCACCAUCAUCGCCACAUCCACGGGAAAAAACGGCGAACAACACCAACACCUCCUCGGCUUCGCCCUCCUAACCCGCAACUCCAACCGCGCCGAGCCGAGCGUCGCCCACCUCGACCCGGGCGAAUGCAUCGAAUUGCAGCGGCUGUACGUGGCGGGGGGCGCGCAGGGGAGGGGGGUGGGGUCGCUGCUGGUGGGGGAGGCGGAGAGGAUGGCGCGCGCGGAGGGGAGGAAGCACGUGUGGUUGGGGGUGUGGGAGGAGAAUUGGGGGGCGCAGAGGGCGUAUGCGAGGUGGGGGUUUGAGAGGGUGGGCGAGCAUGGGUUUAGUGUUGGCGGGGUGGUGCAGGUGGAUUGGGUUAUGGUGAAGGGGUUGGCGUGA